ACAAAAACUAAACAUUUUUAGUUUUGAGAAAACUAUAAAGGGACCUCAUUCAGUAUUUCAAAAUUAUCAAUCAAAAUUGACAAAGGUAGUCUGACAGAUUAAAGAAUCAACCGAGUAUAAGAAUUUGAGGAGAUGCUUUACAAAAGGAUUUCUGAAGUCUGGAAUAAAUUACCCAAACAACUUGUUGAAGAAAUUUAUUUUAACAAACAUUGAGGUUAUCGGAUAAUUAACUACUGGCAACCAAAGUUGCUAGCUGGGUUGAACGGCAUCCAACGGUUUGUAAAUUUUCCUACGUUCUUUUCUUUUAAGGCGUAGCUACAUAGUCCUUGAUGACGUAAUUACACUGCGACAUCUACUCCUACUGCUACUAGGACCUUGGAACAUCUUUUGCGAAAGAGAACACGUGAAUCUCAUGUCCAGAACUGUAUUCAGAACCGCAUACGAAAAACUGUUUUCAGUUUUAAACAUAAUAUAACCACGACUGAACUUAAGUAUUGCAGUAUAUAACUUGUCUACCACGAACAGGGUAUCGAGCUAUGCAUUUCGUGUAAAUGGACAUCAAAACGUAAGUAUUCGUACAUGCAACACUGGACUAAAAUAGGUCGGAUUCAACGGUUUUUUUCUUCUGUCUUGACGGUACCAACCAGUUACAAAAAUGUGUGGAGUCUAGUUACCAAAAGCUGCAUGGUUUCCAGCUGUCCCCGGAAAAGGUUGAAACAAAGUCUUGCAAUUCAUCAUAACUCAGUUCAUCCAUUUGGGCAAAUGGAUACUAGUAAUCCCGUAGAAAGAAAAGGUGAAGCGGACAGUAGUACCGCAGCUUCAGGCAAAAUAGAAAUAACAAAACGGAAAAUCGCCGAGAUCGAGGAGCCUGAACAUGACAGUCGCAGAAAGAAGCGACGAGGCGGAGGAGGAAAGAAGCUUCCGCCGGGAGAGAGGUAUGUGCCUCCGCCUCAGAAGCGAAACCCCGGCGUCAGCUUCAGCCAAGAGCAUUUUAAAGAGACAAGUUACUACUUCGAGGGGGGUCUCCGGAAGGUCUACCCCUAUUAUUUCGACUUCCAGACCUACUGCAAGGGCCGCUGGGUUGGUAAAAGCCUGCUUGAAGUGUUUCGUACCGAGUUUCGCGCUGAACCUUUGGAGUAUUAUAUACAGGCUGCCAAGAAAGGCCGAAUCAGACUGAAUGAGAAGCCUGUUGAGGACCUUAAUAUAAUUCUUAAGAACAACGACUUCCUCAGGAACACCGUGCACCGCCAUGAGCCGCCAGUGAGUGCCAAGCCCAUGGAGAUCCUGGUGGAUGACGGAGAGCUGCUGGUGGUGGACAAGCCGGCCUCGCUGCCUGUUCAUCCCUGCGGCCGCUUCCGCCACAACACUGUGAUCUUCAUCUUGGGGAAGGAGCGGGGGCUGAGCAGCCUGCACACAGUGCACCGGCUGGACCGGCUGACCUCGGGCGUGCUGCUGUUCGCCCGCACACUGGAGGCCUCGCAACGACUGGACCAGCUGGUGCGCGACAGGCAGCUGGAAAAGGAGUAUGUGUGCCGGGUGUUGGGGGUGUUCCCGGAGGGAGAGCUGGUGUGCGAGGAGCCGAUCUUGGUGGUUUCCUACAAAGUGGGCGUGUGCCGCGUUGACCCGCGGGGGAAGCCCUGCCGCACGGUGUUCCACAGGCUCCGCACCGACGGCCGCUCCAGCGUGGUGCAAUGCCGGCCUCUGACUGGGCGUACCCACCAGAUCCGCGUCCACUUGCAGUUCCUGGGUCACCCCAUCCUCAACGACCCCAUAUACUGCUCGGCGGCGUGGGGGCCUGAGAGAGGCAAGGGGGGCCACAUCGGUGUGGAUGACGAGCAGCUCCUCAGGGCCCUGGUGGAGGAACAUCGGGCCAAGGAGAGCCUUCAUCUUCUGGACAUCACCGAAGAGGAUCUGCCUGGUGGCGCGCUGAUGCAGGGGAAGGAAGGUGUGGCACAUGUGAGUAGCUGUGACGUGGCUGAAAGUAAGUGUGGGGCAGACAAGAAAAGUUGUAGAUCCGAUGAAAAGGCUGAGGUGGUAAGUGUCUGUGAUUUCCCCGAAGCAGAGCUGUCUAAUUUACACAAGGAUGACAGUUGCACAACUGAAAGAAAAACUAAGUUUUUAACUAAUAGUGCCAAUAAGAGUAUUCAAAGCACAGACAGUGUGCCUGGGAAUCAUUCAGGAUUUUCUGCUGCUGAACCUCAGUGUGAUACCACUGUGGAAGUGGGGCACAGCAAAGUGAGAGAAGAUCUUGCAGAUAAUUUGGGCUCAGAGAGAGGAUGUACAAAGAACAAAGAGAAUGUACAAAGAGAAGAACUGGAUGAUACUGGUACAAGAUCAGAAUCUCCUAAAGUUGUUAAAGACCCCUUAUGUAGUGAGUGUAAAAUUGUGCGGAAAGAUCCUACAGAAAAGGAGCUGAUAAUGUACCUUCAUGCCCUGAAGUAUAAAGGCCCUAACUUUGAGUACUCCACCCGAUUGCCUGACUGGGCCAAGGAGGAAUGGCAGGAGGACUGAAGAGAUGUGUUUGUGUGUGUCAAUACUUGGAUAUAGAAGCACAUUUGUUUUUUUUUGGGGAAUGUAAGAAGGUUGUCGGGGAAUUAACACUGCUAUAUGAAUAGUUACCAAUUCCGCAAUUACAUUUGUGUCCUUAAUCUGUACAGUGCCAACCAUAUUGAAAGUCCUGUGUAAAUCCCACUAAAAUUAAUACAGUAUUCAGUGUGAUUUUCCCCAUAAUAUGUUCUUCCCUGGAUUUCAUCAGGCCAUAUCCUUCUAAUUUUUAUUUCACUAGCAAGCCAAUGCCACUUGUAUAAAACUAAAUUUAAUUGAAUUAGUGGUAUACUAAAUUUAACUGUUUAGAGUUGAUUAUAUGUUUUUAUUUUAAUAUUGGCUCUGGCACUAAAGAAAUGUACAGGAUUUUAUUUUUUUCAUUUUAUAGUACCCUAAAAUCAGUCCAAACUGGUACAAAUUGUUUGAAAAAUUAAACUUUUACAGAAUUUUCCUGAUUUGCUCUGGGCCGGGCAUAAGAAAUUGAUUAAUGUGUGUAUAAUUCUAAUAAUAUCAAGUUUCACUAUCCAAUAAAUUACCAAAAGAAAAUGUU